UGAUAGUGGUUCUGCUGGCAAUAUUGUGGGUGAGGAUAGGAGUGGAGUAAAUGUGGAAGGUGGACCAAGUCAGUCCACUUUUGCUGGUUUAUCUGAUAUUGUACCAGACAUCAUGGGUUCACAAGCAUGUGUCGGCCAAGGUGAGGUGGGGCAGGGUGGUAAUACAGCAACAAGACAUGGGCAUAUGGGUAACUUGCAGCCCCCUAAAGCUAAACCUAGAAGGGUGAAACACACUGCUAAAAGAUUGUGGCCUACAUCUGCCAGGAAUGCUUUGAACAAAAAACUAGAGGAUAUAGAGAAGAGGGCUAGAGAGGACGGUGAGAAAAGGGAAAGAGAGGAGUUUGAGAGAGCUGAGAGAGAGGCUGCCGAAUUCAGAGAGAGUCAAGCUUCUGCUGCAGUUAGUGUUGAAGAAGUUGAGCAAAGGGAAAGAGAAAAAGCAGAAAAAAAAAGAAAGGGAGGCUGCUGAGCAGAAGGCAAGGGAAGAAGCAAAGCUAAGAGAAAGGGAGGCUUCUGAGAAGAGAGCAACAGAUGCAUUGGCUGUGAGGCAACAGUUGGCUGCUGAAUUAGAGAAGAGGCAAGCAGAGAAGCAAAAAUCUAAGGCUGUUGGGAAGCAAACAUCUAAGGCUGCACAAAACAAGGGGAAGGAGCCCAUUCAUCAUAAGGCUAAGUUAAACAGAAAGGGGAAGAAGCCUAGAGAGCCAAGAUAUAACACAAGGCAUAAAGGGCAGAAGAAGUUUGAAGCACAAGUUGAGGAGGAUGAGGAUAGCAGUGAUGGGUCUGACUUCUAUGUUGAUUCAGACUAUGAUAUUGAGAAUGAUGAGUGUGAUGAUGUUCAAUUUGAAGAAAAUGUCACAGAGCCGAGAGUUGUACCAGAGUAUGAAGAGAUGGGUUUCACUGGCUACUGUUCUGAAGAAGCUGUAGAUUCAGAUGACUUGCAGAGCUUGAGUGGGAGUGAAUCAGAAGAGGAUGAAGAUGGGAAUCCAAUUCCUAAGAGGAGGAAGAAGGGGUUGAGGGUUAGACCUUGGAUUAGGUCAGUAGAUCUGAAAAAUCCAAAGUUCAGGUUAGGUCUUGCAUUUCCAAAUUCUGCACAAUUAAAGGAAGCUGUUAGGGAGUGUGCCAUUAGAAACCAACUUGGGUUGUGGUUUGAGAAAAAUUCCAAGAAGAAGAUAGAGGUCAACUGUCAAUGGGACUGUCCUUUUAGGUUGUAUGCUAGCACUUCCAAGGGUGAGGGUGAUACACUCAUAAUCAAGACACUGAACAAGAAGCAUACCUGCUCUCCAGUUGAAACAAGUCAUUUCUUGACUUACAGAAGAAUAGCUCAAGAGGUUGCUGAGGAUCUUAUGGUUGAUGAGAAUUGGUCCAGGAAAGGGAUCCACAAUCAUAUUGAAAAGAAGUACAAGUUAGACGUUGGUGUGCAGACAAUCACAAGAGCAAAAAGGGCAGCAAAGAGGAUGAAUGAAGGACACUAUAUUGAUCAAUACAACAUGUUAGCUGCAUACAGGAAGGAAUUGCUUAGGAGCAAUCCUGGAUCCACAAUUGACAUAAAGACACAAAUGUGGCCAGCAAGGACACAACAAAUUGGGUUGUCCUAUAACAAAGGCCAAAAAGGCAGCAGCAGGAGAAGGAACAUCAAGUGGAGCAACUCCAAACAAGAGGCAGAGAAAUGAGGUCAACAGAGCAGCUGCACCAAAGGGGUCUACUAACGUCAAGGACCAAGUUAUCAAGUCUAGGAAAACAUGGAAGAAAAUCAAGCAAACUGUGGAGAGUACUUCGGGUCCCAAUGUUGGUGCCUCAACAUCACAAUCAAAUCAGCAGCCUCCCACUCAAAGUAGCCAGAAUCCGGCAGCUGGGAGUGCUCAAUGGAAAGCAUCAGAGCCUAUGCAACCAAGCCAAGCUUCAUCUGAAUAUGCAGGAUUUUAAUCCAAUUUGAACUAUUGGUUUUUGUUAUUGCUUAACGCUUACAUUUUGCUAAACUAUCAGUCAACAUUAAGCACUUGUUGCUUAUGCAUUUUGCUGGACAAAUUAUGUAUGAGUCAUUUGUCAAUGGAUGAUUCAAUUCUUAUGAUCUUUUUCAUAUUAAAGUGAUUGAUUGAAUUAGCUUUUAUGUUCA